GAGUCCUCGGGAACCUCGAGGAGCUCCCAGGAAUUUUGUGGGAUCUUGGGGGGUUUUGGGGGGCCCUGCUGACCCCUUUUUUGGGGUGCCAGGUGAUCGAGAAGGCCCACAACAACGAGCUGGAGCCCACCCCGGGGAACACCCUGCGCCAGACCUUCGAGAACCAGGUGAACCGGAUCCUCAACGACGCCCGAGACAAGACCGGCUCCUCCGCCCAGAAAUCCCUCUCCGAGUACAACAACUUCAAGUCCAUGGUGGUCUCGGGGGCCAAAGGCUCCAAGAUCAACAUCUCCCAGGUGAUCGCGGUGGUGGGGCAGCAGAACGUGGAGGGGAAGCGGAUCCCGUUCGGGUUCAAGCACAGGACCCUCCCCCACUUCAUCAAGGACGAUUACGGCCCCGAGAGCCGCGGCUUCGUGGAGAAUUCCUACCUGGCCGGGCUCACCCCCACCGAAUUCUUCUUCCACGCCAUGGGGGGCAGGGAGGGGCUCAUCGACACCGCCGUCAAAACGGCAGAGACGGGGUACAUCCAGCGGCGUCUGAUCAAGUCCAUGGAGUCAGUGAUGGUGAAAUACGACGCGACCGUCCGGAAUUCCAUCAACCAGGUGGUGCAGCUGCGCUACGGCGAGGACGGGCUGGCCGGGGAGAGCGUCGAGUUCCAGAACCUGGCCACCCUCAAACCCUCCAACAAGGCCUUCGAGAAGAAGUGA